AUGGCGGAGCUACAGUUCCAGGCUGAAGUGGAGCCUCAACUUCUCAAUGGGGAUGACUUGAACGAGGAAAGAGAAGAAGCGGACGCCUCAGAAUCGGUAAAGAAAAAAAGAAGAAAGAAGAAGAGGAGCAGGACCACAGCGCCAGCAGGGACAAACGAGGCUGAGGGGGAUGGAGACGCCGGAGGUGUUGGUGAUGUGACAAAACAGUUGGAACAGCAAACGCUGGAGGACAAAGAAAGGGCCGAGGAUGGAGAAGAAGAUGGGGACGAGGGAGAGAACUCAGCUGGAAAAAAGAAGAGGAAGAAGAAGAAGAAGAAAGGAUUGAAGGGACAGACUGACCCUCCCUCAGUCCCUAUUUGUGAGCUGUAUCCCAACGGAGACUUUCCAAAGGGAGAGGAGUGUGAAUAUCCCCCAUCAAAAGACGGGCGCAGCGCAGCGUGGCGGACCACCAGUGAGGAGAAGCGGGCCCUGGACAGGGCUAACGAGGAAAUGUGGAAUGAUUUCAGGCAGGCGGCCGAGGCACACCGGCAGGUCCGUGCAUAUGUCAUGAGCUGGAUCAAACCAGGGAUGACCAUGAUAGAGAUCUGUGAGAAGCUGGAAGACUGCUCCAGGCGGCUCAUCAAAGAAGAUGGGCUAAAGGCGGGCCUGGCUUUCCCCACAGGUUGCUCCAUCAACCACUGCGCAGCCCACUACACCCCAAAUGCCGGAGACCCGACUGUGCUGCGCUACGACGACGUCUGCAAAAUUGACUUUGGAACACACAUCAACGGUCGAAUAAUAGACUGUGCCUUCACCGUCACUUUCAAUCCAAAGUACGACCGACUGCUGGAGGCUGUGAGAGACGCAACCAACACUGGCAUCAGGUUCGCCGGAAUUGAUGUGCGCCUGUGCGAUGUUGGCGAGACCAUUCAGGAGGUGAUGGAGUCUUAUGAAGUGGAGAUAGAUGGGAAAACAUAUCAAGUGAAGCCAGUAAGGAAUCUCAACGGCCACUCUAUUGGACAAUACAGGAUACACUCAGGGAAGACAGUCCCUAUCGUAAAAGGUGGAGAAGCCACAAGGAUGGAGGAAGGUGAAGCUUAUGCCAUCGAGACAUUUGGCAGCACUGGGAGAGGCGCGGUCCACGAUGACAUGGAGUGCUCGCAUUACAUGAAAAACUUCAACGUGGGACAUGUGCCAAUAAGACUUCCGAGGGCUAAACAUCUGCUGAACGUGAUCAACGAGAAUUUUGGCACUCUGGCAUUCUGCCGCCGCUGGCUGGACCGCCUGGGGGAGAGCAAGUACCUCAUGGCGUUGAAGAAUCUGUGCGACCUUGGCAUCAUAGACCCGUACCCACCUCUCUGUGACAUCAAGGGCAGCUACACCGCCCAGUAUGAGCACACCAUCCUACUCAGGCCCACAUGCAAAGAGGUGGUGAGCCGGGGCGACGACUACUAAGCAUGCACCAAAAUCCACAACGAACCAGGAGACGACAGACCUCUUCAGACUGACAGCAAAUAUGCAAUAUUUCUCUGACCUAACUUUCCAGUGCUUGAAUAUCUUUAGAUAAUUGUUUUAGCAAAAAAAAAAAGAGACUCUCAUGAAGUUAGCUUAGAUAGUUUUGUUUCAUUUUUUUCUCUCUCUCCAAAGGAUCAAGCCAAUAGUAAAAAGGGCAUAUCUUUAACUGAUUCAGCGUUGUCAUUUAGCGUUUUUUGAUGUGCGGCUUUUAGGUAAUAUGCAAAAGAGAUUUAUGCAAAAGAAUCAUGCAAAAAAAAAAGGAGGUUUAGGUGCUCGCACCUUGCCUAAACAUGCUAUGCUUUAUUGCCUUGUUAAGCUCAUGUGAGGAAAACGGAACUGCUAUCAAAUAUUUAUACUUCUACAUUUCUUUGCUUUA